AUGCGGGCAGUUGGACUGCAAUUCUGCACCGUUGCUUUUCUGGACUUUCUCACUGGUCUGGCAAAUGAGAGAGUCACUCGAGCACUCCCUAUCAAAGUGUCCUUGAUGUUACUGCUUCCGUCUUUGAACGGACCUCCUAUGGGGUUUGUUCUUAUGAGGACGCGUGGCUUUCAGCUGGACAGCUGGAGAAUCAGUGAGGCGGAGCUGAAUGUCUAUCCUUGGAGACAAGUCAUUGGUCCUAAUUACCUUUUUCGGGGUCAGCUGGUGAUUGUGUACGUUGAGGAGCUGGUCAUGUCUGUGGGCCAUUUGUCACAUAUUUUCCCACUGUUUUACACUAGCGUUUUACAAGCACUGAGAAAGGAGAAAUCUAGAGAUGCCGCUCGCUCGCGCCGGGGAAAAGAAAAUUUUGAGUUCUAUGAGUUGGCCAAGUUGUUACCUCUUCCUGCGGCCAUCACCAGCCAGCUUGACAAGGCGUCCAUCAUUCGACUUACAAUCAGCUAUCUGAAAAUGAGGGACUUUGCUAACCAAGGGGACCCUCCGUGGAACUUGCGAAUGGAAGGCCCUCCACCAAACACCUCAGUGAAAGGGACACAAAUGUGGAAAUCUGAACUCUGCAUGAGAAAGACACCAUGCGAAGGCGCACAGCGAAGGCGAAGCCCGAGCGCACUAGCCAUCGAAGUGUUUGAAGCACAUUUGGGAAGUCACAUUUUGCAGUCCCUGGACGGCUUUGUAUUUGCACUAAAUCAAGAAGGAAAAUUUUUGUACAUUUCCGAAACAGUCUCCAUCUACCUAGGCCUCUCGCAAGUGGAGCUGACAGGCAGCAGCGUCUUUGAUUACGUCCACCCCGGGGACCACGUGGAGAUGGCAGAGCAGCUGGGCAUGAAGCUCCCACCAGGGCGGGGUCUCCUCUCGCAGGGGGCCACAGAGGACGGAGCCAGCUCAGCAUCCUCCUCCUCCCAGUCAGAGACCCCUGAGCCAGUGGAGUCAACCAGCCCCAGCCUGCUAACCACUGACAACACUCUGGAGCGUUCCUUUUUCAUCCGAAUGAAAUCUACUCUGACCAAACGUGGCGUGCACAUCAAGUCGUCAGGAUAUAAGGUGAUUCACAUAACAGGCCGACUUCGCCUAAGAGUGUCACUGUCCCAUGGGAGGACUGUCCCCAGUCAAAUCAUGGGUCUCGUGGUUGUGGCUCAUGCCUUACCUCCUCCUACGAUCAACGAAGUCCGGAUUGACUGCCACAUGUUCGUCACUCGUGUGAAUAUGGACCUCAAUAUCAUUUACUGUGAAAAUAGGAUUAGUGAUUAUAUGGACCUGACCCCUGUGGACAUCGUAGGGAAAAGAUGUUACCACUUCAUCCAUGCUGAAGACGUGGAGGGCAUCAGGCACAGUCAUCUGGACUUGCUGAAUAAGGGUCAGUGUGUGACGAAGUACUAUCGCUGGAUGCAGAAGAAUGGAGGCUACAUCUGGAUCCAGUCUAGCGCCACCAUAGCUAUCAACGCCAAGAACGCGAAUGAGAAGAACAUCAUCUGGGUGAAUUACCUUCUUAGCAAUCCUGAGUACAAGGACACACCCAUGGACAUUGCACAGCUCCCCCAUCUGCCAGAGAAAACUUCUGAAUCCUCGGAGACAUCCGACUCUGAAUCAGACUCUAAAGACACCUCAGGUAUUACAGAGGACAACGAGAACUCCAAGUCGGACGAGAAGGGCAACCAGUCCGAGAACAGCGAGGACCCCGAGCCCGACCGCAAGAAGUCGGGCAGCGCGUGCGACCGCGACGCGCGCCGCAACGACGACGGCCCGAGCUCCGGCCGCGCCGACGGCCGCGACAGCGACGACAGCUUCGAGCACUCGGACCCGGAGCCGCCCGGGGCGGCCGCGGGCUUCGCGCCGGGCCCCGCGCGCAUCAAGGGGGAGCGCUACGCGGACGGCGAGGCGGAGCCGCGGCCGCAGACGGGCGAGUCGCUCACGUCCGAUAGCGCCAAGGACUCGGACAGCGCCGGGGAGGCGCGGGCGCAGCCGGCCGGGAAGCUCCCGAAGCGCAGGAAGCGGCGGAAACGGCAGCGGGGCGGCGCCAGCCGGAGGCGCCUGUCGAGCGCGUCCAGCCCCGGCCCGGACGGAGGCCUCGGGGAGCCGCCGCGCCCGCUGCCGUCGCCGCCUGGCGCGUCGGGGCUCAAGAUCAAGACGGAGAUGGCGGAGCCCAUCAACUUCGACAACGACAGCAGCAUCUGGAACUUCCCGCCCAACCGCGAGAUCUCCCGGAACGAGGCCCCGUACAGCAUGACCAAGCCCCCGGGCGCCGAGCACUUCCCGUCCCCGCAGGCCGGCGCGCUGCACGUGGCCAUCCCCGACUCGCGGCUGCAGGCGGGCAACGUGGUGCUGCCCCUGGUGCACCGCGUGACCGGGACCCUGGCGGCCACGAGCAGCGCGCAGCGGGUCUACACCACCGGCACCAUCCGCUACGCGCCCGCCGAGGUGACCCUGGCCAUGCAGGGCAACCUGCUGCCCAACGCGCACGCCGUCAACUUCGUGGACGUCAACGGCCCCGGCUUCGGCCUGGACCCCAAGACCCCGAUGGAGAUGCUCUACCACCACGUGCACCGGCUCAACAUGUCCGGACCGUUCGGCGGCGCGGGCGGCGCGGCGGGCCUGGCGCAGGUGCCGGGCGGGAACGUGUUCUCGGCGGCCGAGGGACUGUUCUCCACGCUGCCCUUCCCGGUCUACAGCAACGGCAUCCACGCGGCACAGACUCUGGAGCGCAAGGAGGACUGA